CAGUACACUCAUUCUUCCAUAAACUCAUCAUUGGAACUACGGUAAAGACGAGAAAUAAGGAGAAUUAUUAAUAGAAGAAAUAAUUAUGUCGUUUCGGGAUUUAAGAAAUUUUACAGAAAUUAUGAGAUUCCUCGGGUAUCCUAGAUUAAUUUCUCUGUCCAAUUUCCGAGUACCGAAUUUUCCAUUAGUUGCGGAAAUAUUAGUCUGGCUUGUACGAAGAUUUGAUCCAGAUACUGAUAUUCCUAUUGACCAUCAUACUGAAGAGGAUAGGGUAGCGAUUAUUCGUCGUGCUGCUGAAUUUAUGGCAAUAAAAACAAAUAUUAAACUCAACACAAAAAAACUGUACCAAGCUGACGGUUACGCUGUGCACGAACUCUUGAAAGUAGCUACAUUAUUGUAUGGAGCCCAGAGUAAUAGUGCUGAGGAAGAAAUCUUAUCAUCUGAUAAUAAACACCAAGUGAAAAUCGAUAUCAGUGAUCGAUUAAACGAGCUGAAAAAUACAAGACAAUUAGCUAGUCAAUUAACCGUUAAUGGUGCCAGUCUAUUCGACUUACUCGGGCGAGAAGUGCAGUUGCGGGAAAUUAGGAAUUUAAAGGUUGCCAGGCAGUUCGAUACUGCGGAAAUUGAACUUGCCAUGAGAGAAGUUAUAGAAAAUGCGAAAAAGGAGAUCGAGGAGACAAGAAAUCAAAUCGAAAAUGUUAAGGAGACAGAAAAAAAUUUGGAGGGGCGGAUUAAUCGAAGAAAAACAGAGUUGGAACGAAACCAGACACGACUACAAUCACUGCGAAAAGUCCGUCCUGCUUUUAUGGAGGAAUUCGAAAAGCUCGAGGUUGAAUUACGUGUUGUGUAUGAUGAUUAUAUUCAGAAAUGCAGGUAUCUAUCGUAUUUGGAGCAUUUGUACGAGGACGCCACGAAGAUUGAACAAGAAAGAUUUGAAAAGCGACAAGCAGCGACUAAAAGACAGUUGGAGCAGUUGCGAGGGGAGGACGCAAGCUUUGAAAGUAUGAUGGAGAGUAAUGAUUCGAUUAUUCCUACGAAUUUAGGAGGGCCGUUAGAGGAGACGGAAAAGAGAGGCAUUGACAAUACUGGACAACUCAGUCGUACCGUUCAACCUGAAACAACUGGAAGAGCUUCCUCCAGGGUUCCAAUACCCCAACGAAAAAUCUACGGUUCAAUGUCUGGUCGUCCACGUGGAGCAGUCAAAGAAACAAUUGACAGUGUCGGCUCUCUCGAUAGUGACAGCGAUUUACUAAUCGAUGGUGACGACCUCGAUGAUGACGACGAUGACCUCGAGGAUGAAAUUUUAAAUCCAGUGAACCCUCGUGAAAUAGCUGGAUUCGAUUUGAAGAGUGGUGAGAAACGUGACGUGGGUAAAAAUGAGCACUCGGACGAGGAUUUUUAAUAACGGAAUUGGAGGCGUCAAUUCAUUUUUAUACUCCAUGAAAACUGAUUCUUUUUUUAUUA